AUGGAUCAGGUGAUUGCACGAGCAAGGGCGCUCCUCCAGACGUCCCAGGAGACAAAAGCAAUGGAGCUUUUGGCUCCUGAAGUGGCCAAGCAUCAGGACAAUCCUCGGCUUCUCGAGGUGUUUGGAGAGUGUCUUCUAGAAGCUAACGACGUGGAGUCGGCUUACAAUGUUUUGGAAAAAGCUGUAUCUUUGGAUCCUGAAGGAACACAGGGUGUCGACAAGUUUUUAUAUUUGGGCCAGAUCAUUGGCGGUUCCGAUGGUAUCGGGUAUGUGAACAUCGCUUUGGGUAAGCUCCAGGACCAGCUCCAGAAGGUGGUGGAAAACCUGGGUUCUGACGAUACAGUGCUCGUGGAGUUAGCAAAAUUGUAUCCUUCCCUGGAGGACUUGGCCGGGCAUCUUAUCAAGAAGUUGAACCAGGGAAUAUUCGCCGAGAUUGAAAUCUGGAUGACUGACUUGUGCAUGGAGCCUGAGGCUGAGGAGCAGUGUGACAAGUUGAUCUCUCACUCAUUGAGUCUAGACGAGUCCAAUCCUGAAGCAUUGUCGCUUUUGGCAUCGAUCAGGAUCUCUCAACAGAAGAACGACGAGGCCAGGGAGGCAUUGCUUCGUUCAUGGGACUUGUUUCAGGAAAGAAAAGCUGCCUUGGAGCAAGAGGCCAAAGACGCUCAUGAUGCUUCCCUUGAAUACGUCGAGUUAGUGCAACCAUUGCUUGGUCUCGCCAGAUUUGCAAUCGAGCUCGAGAUGUACGAGGCUGCUCCGUCAAUUGCUGCUGCUGUCUCUGAAAUCAAUGACAAUGCUCUUGAUGCAUUUUACUACGAAGCAUUGGCCCAUCUUCUUCGGGCGAAGCAGAUCUACGGUGAGGCCAACCCGGGUUCGGUUCCUAAAGAUAGCGACUACAGAGAGAUCGAGUUGGAAGAAGUCAAGGCAUCCACAGACGAAAACGUGCAGUCUUCUCUUCAUGAAGCACGCUCCGGACUCACUCAAGGUUACAGGGUGUUGAACAGCGCGGCUGCUGAAGCAAUGGAUCCCGAUGUGGCUGGCCAGGUCUCCGAGCUUUUGACUGCUUUGGGAGGACCCAUCAUGGCUGACUUGUUUCCCGAGAAAAGAAACGACGACGAUGAUGAUGAUGGAUGGGAGGACGAGAUUGAAACUGGACAGACAGAGCUCAAGCUUAGACCCGACAUCGAAGGAGCCAAGGUAGGUCCAACCAAGAGAAGCUUAGAAGAGUCGGAGAUGAUCAACAAACGAACAAAGACAGAGGACUACCAGGAGUCGCCGAAUACUGAUGCUUCAAGUACGGAAAGUGGUAGUCUAUCUGAUGACGAACGAGAAGAUGGGGAAAACAAGGAAUCCAGGGAGGUAAUUGCUGACCUCAAGAAAGCCAAGGACGAGCAAAAACCUGAACUACGAAAAAAGGGCUGGAGAAAUACGCCUUUUCGAAGGAGACCUCCGCAAAAGAAGGAAGAGAGCGAAACAAAGUUCACAACGGACUCGGUUAGUUCGGAUAAACACCGGCAGUUUCUCUCCAAGUACAUACGAUAG